AUGGUGACCGUCGCGAAACCCAGACAAACACCACAACGUGUCAUUUGCUCUAAAAUAUUACACUCAACAUAAGAGAACCUCUCUUCAUCAAUUCUCAGUUUGCUUUUCGUGUAAAAAUCUUCAGAACCACCACCUUCCUGCUUUCUCUCACUGUAAAACCAAAAAGCUAAAAAAAACCUAAUUUAUCUCUCACUCACUGAGUCACUCGCCAUGAUUGAGUUAUCUUCAACAGUACCGAGUCAGAUUCGGUUCCUCCUUCAUUCCUUGAACGAAGCUAACGUUGAUUCCGUCUUUCGUGACCUCUGCCAGUUUAUGGAGUAUGAACUUGAAGGAAGUAUUUUGACGCUCCAAACAUGUUUGGAUUAUUUGAAGACUGACUUGAAAAACAUGCAUUUGGAACCCGUACUUGCAUCGGUUUUCAAGUUUGUUUUGGACAAACCCAAUUUCGCUACCGUGUUUUGUCAGUCUUUGAAAAGUACGGAGAUCACUGAAGAUUUCUUAGAGAAGUUGUCCAAUUUAUUGAAGUUAUCUGUGGCUGAGAAAAUUGGCACUGGUCUCGCGCUCUCUGAAUCAGAGAAUGCUGAUACCAGGAUGUUCGCUAAGAAGUUCUGUUUGGCUAAAAUUGAGGAAUUGUGUGCAAAUCCUGUUCCAAUGAACUCUGUUGAGCAAAUUCAGAAUAUUGUUAUGUUCCUCCAGCGGUCUGAGGGGCUUUCCAAGCAUGUUGAUAACUUUAUGCAGAUGUUGUCGUUAAUGCAGUCCAAAGAUGUUGUCCCAUUUGUUUUAACUCCGUUGAUUUCUGAUGAAUUGCGCGAGGCCAAUUUUUUGAGGAAUAUGGAUCUCAUCCAUGGAAGUACAGAUAGUGAAUUUGAUGCUAUUUUAGCUGAAAUGGAGGAGGAGAUGAGCCUGGGAGAUAUUGUGAAAGAGUUAGGCUAUGGAUGCACAUUUGAUGUGUUGCACUGCAAAGAAAUAUUAUCCCCUUUUCUACCACUGACAGAAGUUACCAUUUCUAAGAUACUUGGAACAAUUGCCCGCAACCUUACCGGUCUUGAGGACAACCAGAGCACAUUUUCAACGUUUGGCUUGGCUCUUGGUUGUAACAUUACAACUGAUCUUCCACAGUUAAGCUCCUGGGACAUUGACGUCCUUGUAAAGACAAUCAAGCAACUUGCUCCUGGUACUAACUGGAUUCAAGUUAUUGAAAACCUGGAUCAUGAAGGAUUUUACAUACCUAAUGAGGAGGCAUUCUCCUUUCUGAUGUCUGUAUAUAGACAGACAUGCCAGGAUCCGUUCCCUCUCCAUGCCAUCUAUGGGUCUCUUUGGAAGAAUACUGAAGGUCAGCUAUCUUUUCUGAAACAUGCAGUACUGGCACCACCAGAAGUGUUCACCUUUGCCCAUUCUGGAAGGCAGCUGAACUAUAUUGAUGCUUUGCAUGGCCAUAAGCUUCAAGUUGGGCAUUCUAAUCAUGCGUGGGUGUGCCUUGACCUUUUGGAUAUGCUUUGUCAACUGGCUGAGAGGGGUCAUGCUAGUUCUGUUCGAUCAAUGCUUGAGUAUCCUCUCAAACACUGUCCAGAAUUGUUGCUUCUUGGGAUGUCACAUAUCAAUACUGCCUACAGCCUCCUCCAAUAUGAAGUGUCUUUUAUGGUUUUCCCUCUUAUAAUCAAAAGUGCUGCUGGUAGUGGUAUGAUGCUUUACCUCUGGCAUCUGAACCCUAAUCUUGUGUUGCGGGGAUUUGUAGAUGCUCACAAUGUUGAACCAAACAUCAUGACUGAGAUAUUGGAUGCUUGUCAAGAGCUAAAGAUUUUGUCAUCGGUAUUAGACAUGAUUCCCUUUCCUUCUGGUAUCAGAUUAGCAGCCCUUGCUUCAAGAAAAGAGCUUAUAGACCUUGAAAAGUGGCUGGGUAAUAAUUUAAUUACAUACAAGGAUUCAUUCUUCGAGGAAUGUCUCAAGUUUCUUAAGGAGAUUCAGCCUGGUGGAUCACAGGAUUUUGCAGCCAAACCUAUUCAUCCUCAAAGUACCAUUGUGAAUCUUUAUUCAGAGACUGGUUCAUCCUUCCUGAAGGUCCUUAAAGCCCAUACCAGCUUAGUUAUAUCUACCCAACUUUCUGAGGAAAUGGAAAGGUUGCAUGUAACAGUUAUGGACUCUAAUCCAAGGCUGCAGAAUGGUAGCUCGGCAGAUUCAUCUACCCCUGAUGGGUUUUCGGAUGAUGUUGAGGCAGAGGCAAACUCUUAUUUCCAUCAAAUGUUUUCUGGUCAUCUGACAAUAGAUUCCAUGGUUCAAAUGCUUGCUCGAUUCAAGGAAUCUUCUGUGAAAAGGGAACAAUUGAUUUUUGAGUGCAUGAUUGGCAAUCUAUUUGAAGAAUAUAGAUUCUUCCCAAAGUAUCCAGAAAGGCAACUAAAAAUUGCUGCUCUUCUUUUUGGUUCUGUUAUCAAGCACCAGCUUGUUACUCAUCUCACUCUUGGGAUUGCCUUGCGUGGUGUUUUAGACGCGCUUCGGAAACCUCCAGAUUCCAAAAUGUUUGUGUUUGGGACCAAGGCUUUGGAGAAUUUUGUGGAUCGUUUGAUUGAAUGGCCACAGUAUUGCAAUCACAUCUUACAAAUAUCGCAUCUGCGUGGCACUCAUGCUGAUCUUGUUGCUUUCAUUGAACGAGCACUUGCCAGGAUUUCAUCAGGGCAUUUGGAAUCAGAUGGAAUUAACAAUGCUUCUGCUGCUCAUCACCAUGGUUUGUCUCAGGCUGCCUCAGUAAAUGGAGAGUCAAAUAGCAUUAACAUUCAACAGGCUGGGCAGCAGCUUUCCUCUACACUCCAUCUUCAACAGAGACAUGAAAGUUCUCUUGAUGACCGUUUGAAAGCAUCUGCUGCUCCAUUUAAUGAGACUAAACAAUUUGCAUCUGCGGCUCCAUUUAAUGAGAGUAAACAAUUUCUAUCUUCCAGUGUGCAAUCUUCAGUUGCCCCCUCAAGUGAUGUUUCUAGCAUUCAGAAGGGUACAGUUACUUCUUCGGCUUUGUUAUCUUCUCCUGGUUCUGUCCGUCCUUUCCGAGUAGUUACCUCCACCAGGUUUGGCUCUGCAUUGAACAUCGAAACACUUAUGGCUGCUGCUGAGAGAAGAGAAACACCAAUAGAGGCUCCAGGAUCAGAGAUUCAUGACAAAGUAUCAUUCAUGAUUAAUAAUAUUUCAGUUGCAAAUGUUGAACCUAAAGCAAAAGAAUUUACUGAAAUACUAAAGGAGCAGUACUAUCCCUGGUUUGCGCAGUACAUGGUCAUGAAAAGAGCAAGCAUUGAGCCCAAUUUUCAUGAUUUGUACUUGAAGUUCCUUGAUAAAGUUAAUUCAAAAGCUUUAAAUAAGGAGAUUGUCCAAGCCACAUAUGAAAACUGCAAGGUUCUUUUGGGAUCAGAGCUUAUAAAAUCUAGUUCAGAAGAGCGUUCAUUGCUUAAAAAUUUGGGAAGUUGGCUUGGGAAAUUAACUAUUGGAAGGAACCAAGUUCUGAGGGCACGUGAGAUAGAUCCCAAAUCUUUGAUCAUGGAGGCAUAUGAGAAGGGAUUGAUGAUUGCAGUUAUACCAUUUACAUCCAAGGUUCUAGAGCCAUGCCAAAACAGUCUAGCAUACCAACCUCCUAAUCCUUGGACUAUGGGCAUUCUUGGAUUGCUGGCUGAGAUCUACUCAAUGCCGAACUUGAAAAUGAACCUCAAAUUUGAUAUAGAGGUAUUGUUCAAGAACCUUGGUGUAGAUAUGAAGGACAUAGCACCAACUUCUCUUCUUAAGGACCGGAAAAGGGAAAUCGAAGGGAAUCCUGAUUUUUCCAAUAAAGAUAUAGGAGCAUCCCAACCACAGAUGCUUCCAGAAGUUAAAUCUGGAAUUAUAUCUCCCCUAAAUCAUGUUGAGCUACCACUUGAGGGUGCAAGCCCACCUAAUUCUGGCGUUCAUGCUCAUAUGUUAUCUCAGUACACCUCUCCUGUCCAUCUUUCUUCGGGUACAUUGAUGGAGGAUGAAAAACUAGCUGCAUUAGGCUUGUCUGAUCAGCUCCCUUCUGCACAAGGACUAUUCCAAGCUACUCCAUCCCAGUCAACAUUUCCGGCUAGUCAGCUUCCCACAGCAAUACCUAACAUCGGAACUCAUGUUAUUAUCAAUCAGAAGUUAAAUUCUUGGGGCUUACAUGUGCAUUUUCAAAGACUGGUUCCUACUGUAAUGGACAGAGCCAUCAAAGAUAUUGUCUCUGGUAUUGUUCAGAGAAGUGUUUCUAUUGCAACACAGACAACAAAAGAGCUUGUUUUGAAGGAUUAUGCCAUGGAAUCCGAUGAAACACGAAUAUAUAAUGCAGCGCACUUAAUGGUUGCCAGUUUGGCUGGAAGCUUAGCUCAUGUAACAUGCAAGGAGCCAUUACGUAGUUCAAUAUCAAGUCAGCUAAGGAAUUCAGUUCAGGGUUUCUCCUUAACAAGUGAAAUUCUGGAGCAUGCUGUGCAACUUGUUACUAAUGAUAACCUUGAUCUUGGGUGUGCGGUGAUUGAACAGGCUGCUACUGAUAAGGCCAUACAAACCAUUGACACGGAAAUAGCUCAACAACUUCUAAGAAGGAAGCAUAGAGAUGGUGUUGGUCCAGCAUUUUUUGAUGCAAACAUGUACACCCAAAGUUCUAUGGGCGUUGUACCUGAGGCCCUUCGCCCCAAGCCUGGUCACUUGACUCCCUCUCAACAGCGAGUUUACGAGGAUUUUGUUCGGCUUCCGUGGCAAAACCAAUCUAGCCAGAGCUCACAUGUCAUCCCUACGGGUUCUGCUUCUUCUGGUGCUACUGGUCUUGCUAGUGCAUACGGUUCAGUUUCAUUGGAUGUGGCUUCAGAAGCCAUUGAAUCUAAUUCAGCUGCACUUCUUAGUUCUGCAUCAAUUCAUAGUGCGACGGCUGAUGGUGUUAUCCAACAAAGUUCUGAAAACAAUUCCACCAGUGCUUCAAUUUCUGCUACCACUUCCUCUGAACUUAGUCCAGUGGAAUCCUCAGAUGUUGUAAAGGAAGCGGGAGUUUCUUCUCAACCAUCAUCUUCAUCAGUUGCUUCUGAGCGUGUUGGGAGUAGCAUUGCAGAUGCUUCAUUGAACACUAGGGAUGCGUUGGACAAGUACCAGAUUAUUGCGCAGAAGUUGGAGACUUUGGUGACUAGUGAUUCUAGAGAAGCUGAAAUCCAGGGGGUAGUUGCAGAGGUUCCUGAAAUCAUAAGUAGAUGUGUCAGUCGAGAUGAGGCUGCCUUGGCUGUAGCACAAAAGGUUUUCAAGGGUUUAUAUGAGAAUGCAUCAAACAGUUUUCACGUUAAUGCCUGCCUUGCUAUUCUGGCUGCAAUUCGUGAUGUGUGCAAGCUUGUGGUUAAAGAACUCACUAGCUGGGUGAUUUACUCAGACGAGGAGCGAAAGUUCAAUAAAGAUAUUACCCUUGGCCUGAUGCGUAGUGAAUUGCUCAACCUUGCAGAGUACAAUGUUCAUAUGGCAAAACUCAUUGAUGGGGGAAGGAAUAAGGUUGCAACGGACUUUGCUGUUUCCCUCAUCCAAGCUUUGAUUGUUGAAGAAUCCAGUGUCAUCUCUGAACUCCACAAUCUUGUCGAUGCUCUGGCCAAGCUUGCCGCAAAACCUGGAUCUUCCGAGUCAUUACAACAGCUUAUUGAGAUUGCUAGGAAUCCUGGUGUCAAUGCAGCUGCUCUAACUAGUCCAGCUCUUGGAAAGGAGGACAAGACAAGACAGUCUAGAGACAAACCUUCCAAUCAGUUGAUAGCUAGCAGGGAAGAAUAUAGCAACAUUGAACCUGUGGAACCAGAUGGUUUUCAUGAGCAGGUUUCCAUGCUUUUUGCGGAAUGGUAUCGGAUAUGUGAACUUCCUGGUGCAAAUGACGCAGCUUCUAACCAUUACAUCUUACAGCUGCAUCAAAAUGGAUUGCUGAAGGGGGACGAGACGACAGAUCGCUUUUUUCGCGUACUCAUGGAGCUCUCUGUUGCGCACUGCUUGUCCUCUGAGGUGAUCAAUUCUAGUGUACUGCAAUCACCUCAUCAAAUGCAGAAUCUCUCCUUCCUUGCUAUUGAUAUCUAUGCAAAAUUGGUCAUUGCAAUCCUAAAGGUGGAGCAGGGAUCAAGUAAACUCUUUCCUUUGUCAAAGAUCUUGUCCAUCACUGUGAGAUUCAUACAAAAGGAUUCGGAGGAGAAGAAAAAUUCUUUUAAUGCAAGACCAUAUUUCAGAUUGUUUAUAAGUUGGCUUCAAGAUCUCCUUUCCCCAGAGCCUGUUGUCGAUGGUGUAAACUUUCAGAUCUUGACAGCCUUUGCUGGUGCAUUCCACAAUCUGCAGCCCCUUAAAGUUCCUGGUUUCAGCUAUGUAUGGCUCUCAUUGGUGAGUCAUAGGAGUUUCAUGCCAAGAUUGCUCAUAGGAAAUGCACAGAAGGGCUGGCCCUAUGUUCAGCGGUUGCUGGUAGACUUGUUCCAGUUCCUGGAGCCCUAUUUGAGGAAUGCCGAGCUGGCAGUGCCAGUUCACUUGCUAUAUAAAGGUACACUUAGGGUGCUUUUGGUGCUGCUACAUGAUUUCCCUGAGUUCCUUUGUGAUUACCAUUUCACUUUCUGUGAUGUGAUUCCUCCAAGCUGCAUACAAAUGCGUAAUAUUAUUCUUAGUGCUUUCCCCCUCAAUAUGAGGCUUCCAGAUCCAUCAACUCCCAACUUAAAGAUUGAUUUGCUUCCGGAAAUUAGGGAACCUCCUCACAUUCUCUCCGAGGUUGAUGCAGCUCUUAAAGUAAAGCAGAUGAAAGCUGAUGUAGAUGAGUAUCUCAAGACUAGGCAACAGGGUUCUUCAUUCCUGACUGAAUUGAAGCAGAGAUUGCUCCUUUCACCUAGUGAAGCUGCAUCUGCCGGAACCCGUUAUAAUGUACCGUUGAUCAACUCCCUUGUCCUUUAUGCUGGAAUGCAGGCCAUCCAGCAGCUGCAGGCAAGAACAUCUCAUGGACAAUCGGCAGGAAAUACUGUUCCUUUAGCUGUAUUUUUGGUGGAUGCUGCUUUAGAUAUCUACCAGACGCUUAUACUGGACCUAGACACAGAAGGCCGAUACCUCUUUCUAAAUGCUGUUGCUAAUCAACUGCGCUAUCCGAAUAACCACACACAUUACUUCUCCUUUGUUUUGCUUUACUUAUUUGCUGAAUCAAACCAGGAAAUUAUCCAAGAGCAGAUUACAAGAGUUCUUUUGGAACGUCUAAUUGUUAAUCGACCACAUCCGUGGGGCCUUCUGAUUACUUUCAUCGAGCUCAUCAAGAAUCCUAGAUACAACUUUUGGAAUCGAUCGUUCAUAAGGUGCGCACCGGAGAUAGAGAAACUAUUUGAGUCAGUUGCUAGAUCAUGCGGCGGCUUGAAGCCCAUGGAUGACAGCAUGGUCUCUGGUUGGGUUUCUGAGAGCGCACACUGACCCUUCUUGACAAUCAUGUAUGCGCCACUUGAAGUUUUCAAAUUACGCAUUAUUCUGCGACUAGAUUAUUUUGGCCCACAUUUCGAAAACCCUAAUUUGUACCCUGUCUGUACAGAUGUAGGGCAGGUAAUCUGAACCCGAUUUUACCAAGUUGAAUCAUCUGUUGUACCUGGAUGCGCUUGGAUUCUUUCGUAGUUAUUGAUAUUUUUUUUAAUGUA